AAGACGAGACAUGCGGGCGUGCAGUGCAUGCGUGCGCGGGAGAAGCGGCCAUGAAACGCACAGACCAACCAUUCCUCCUUCCCCCACCCGCCUUUAUAUAGGCUCGCCGCGCCGGCCACGAUCCAUCCGUCAUUCCUGGGUCACCACCUGACCGCCAGCCAUGGCCGCCGCGAAGGAGAGCAGCCCUGACCCCGACGCCAGCGCCACCGCCGCCGCGGCGCCGCCCACGCCCAUGUCGGCACCGGCGUCCUUCAAGUUCAACGUGCACGCGCCGGAGUUCGUGCCCAUGUCGCCCACCGCCACGCCCAUGUCCGCGCCGGCGGGCGGGUACUACUCGCCCUUCCUGCAGAUGCAGCCGGCGCCCGACUGGAGCUUCCUCCAUGACCACGAGCCCGUCUUCUUCAUGCCCGACUUCGCGCACGCCAAGUUCGCCGCCGCCGCUGCCGCCGCCAGCAACAGCGCCCAGGCCAAGGGCACCGGCGGCGGCGGAGCCGACGUCGCGCAGAAGAUCGUCAAGCAGGUCGAGUACCAGUUCAGCGACAUUAACCUGGUCGCCAACGAGUUCUUGCUCAAGAUCAUGAACAAGGACUCCGAAGGCUACGUUCCCUUGUCAGUCAUUUCAUCAUGGAAGAAGAUCAAGUCUCUGGGAGCAACCAACCAGAUGCUGGUCAAGGCUCUCCGCACCUCCACAAAGCUUAUUGUGAGCGAUGAUGGGAAGAAAGUUCGGCGCAGGCAGCCCUUCACCGAGAAGCACAAGGAAGAACUUCAGUCUCGGAUGAUCAUAGCGGAGAAUUUGCCAGAGGACUCAUCAAGAAACAGCCUCGAGAAGGUCUUCAGUGUCGUUGGAAGUGUGAAGAACAUCAAGAUAUGCCACCCCCAAGAGCCUAGCUCAGCCAGGGCUUCCAAGUCAGACACACUAGUGAGUAACAAGAUGCAUGCUUUAGUCGAAUAUGAGACCUCACAGCAAGCUGAGAAAGCAGUAGAGAAGCUAAACGAUGAGCGGAACUGGAGGAAAGGCCUCCGCGUGCGCACAGUACUCAGGCGCUCUCCCAAGUCAGUAAUGAGGCUGAAGCGGCCUGAUUUCGACCACUAUGCUGGUUCCGAUGACGAAUCGCCACACUCACAGGUGUCAUCCGACUCCCCAACUUCAGAAGCUAUCCAUUCACCUGAAGCUCAUCCAGAGGAUCACCAGAGUGGGGCCAAGAAAGGGUGGGCAAGAGGGCGAGGGAAGCUCCAUAUCGUGGCACCGCACAGCCCGCAGUCUGCUCCCGCGGGAGCAGUCGGCCACUUUGACACAUCGAGCCCUCGCCAGGCGUCCCAGAAAUGCCCAUUGAGCCCCAGGCAGGUUUCUCAGAAGUGCCCAUUCAGCCCCAGGCAGCCUCCCCAGGGCCCGAGGAUGCCCGACGGGACACGUGGGUUCACAAUGGGCCGGGGGAAGCCAGCGGCAUCAUCCGUGGCAGCCCGGACGGUUGCUGCUCCUCCUCCGGCUCCUGUUCUUGUCUAGUUCAGUUCCUGCAGGUUAACUGCUACCUAUAGUGUAUUUCUGAGCAAUGAACUCUGUAUCUCUAUAGAUACAAGUGGUUGACGAGCCUUUUUUUCUUACCUUCCUUUUUUAAGACCCUAUAAAUAAAACUGGCUGGGUGUUGCCGUAUUUAAAUGCAAGGUUGUAAUUUUUUUACUGUUUCACGGAAAGUAUGAGAUCUUUUUAAAGUAACAGCUGAAAGAAUGCUUGGUGAUGAGUA